AGCUCCAAAUUCAAGUGUAAAAUACACAAAAAUAUAAUUUGAUAUCAUGAUCAUAUUAACUAGAAAGUUUUCAAAUUAUGUUCAACUUGAUAAAAUUUAAUCAAGGUCCUCCUGUUACCGCGCAAAAGACUUUAGAUUAGAGUUUUAUAUAAAUUUUCCACUUUUUGUAGUUUUUAUUUUAAAAAAAAUUAUUUGAGAGAAGUUUUUUAUGCAUCUCUGUUCUGAGCUUGCAGGGGGUUAGCUUGCUGACAUUGUUGAACAGUCUGGAGCUUGAUUCAAUGGCCACUUCACAACAACUUAUUAAUCUCCAUUGAUUGAAGUGAAAGAUGGAUGGUAUUGAGAACUUCGUCGAUAACAUGGCUGCAAAUCGUGUAGCAGUAAGGAAUGAAAAGCUCAAGCCAAAGGAGGUUGAUCCUUUUCACAAUGUAGCACUGGAGGGUCAAAAUCUGCCUGAGUCACCGGUGGUGUCCACAAUGGAGGGCAAGGAUUUGAGUAGAUGUGUAACUUCUUCAUCUGGAUUUGAGCCCCGCUGGUCUGCAAAUGGCAUGAGGCAGGUGGUGGAAGAAUUAAAAUUGAAACGUUAUAGGAAACCAGACUCAGCUUCUAGUCAAGAAUGUUGGCAAGACCCAGAUCCGGCAGUAGCACGAGGUUUCAGAAGUAAGAAUUUUCGUGGAGAUUCUACUUCACUUGGCAAUGAUCAGAAUCUGUUGAGAGUAAGAGGCGAGCUUAGAGAAAUGUCUCCUCGCGUAAGGAGUCUGAAGCCAUUGUCAAGCAAUUACUCUGAGCAGGAGGCGGAUAAACUGUCUGCGUAUUUAAGGGCUGAGGACAGCAAGAUUAUGUCAAACAAUAUGCUUAGUAUUGCCAAGAAGCGACUGAAGACGCAAUCUACAAAUAGCAAUUCUCAGUUACUUGUAAAGGAAAUGUCAAAGGGAAAAACAAUCAGUAAAUUUCCAGAACCUUAUGGUGGUUUUGGUAGUCAGGUUGUAGGCCAGAAUGAUUUAAAGCCCCAUAUUGGUUCUGAGGUAGCUAGUGAUGCAGAGUUGAAAGCAAAUGCCAACAAUGAUCGGCUUUCUUCACAUGUGCAAAAUCAGUCUGGCACAAAAUCUAUCAGUUAUGGGAUCAGCUUGAGGGAGUGGCUUAAACCUGGGAGUCACAAAGUCGAUGUAGCUGAAAGGCUGCUCAUAUUUAGGCAGAUUGUGGAGUUGGUUGAUUUUGCACACUCUCAGGGUGUUCCCUUGCAAGACUUACGACCAUCGCGCUUCAUUUUGUUGCCAUCAAAUGAGAUUAAAUACACAGGUGCAUCAGCCAUCAGAGAACCAAUCAGUAUUGUGAACCGAGAUUUGAUUAACAAAAGGCAAUCCGAGCAGGAUGUAGAUGCAGAUGCUGAACGUAUUUUAGGUGGAACACAGAUAAAAAUGAGUGAAGGUAAUGAGGACGAAUAUUUCAUAGCUGGUCCAAAAAAAAUUGAGUUUGGUGAACUCCAGUUCCGAAUGAAUUCGAGCUACCAAAAUAAAUUGGUUCCAGUACAGCAAGGGUCAACUUCUGUAAUUGUUCAGUUGGAAGAAAAGUGGUAUACCAGUCCGGAGGAGUUCAGUGAGAGAGGUUGCACGCUUUCUUCAAAUGUCUAUGCCCUUGGGGUCCUUCUUUUUGAGUUGUUGUGUCUCUGUGACUCAUGGGAGGUGCAUUCCGCAUUGAUGUGGGAUUUGCACGAUCGGAUUCUGCCACCAAGUUUUCUUUCUCAAAAUCCACUCGGAGCUGGCUUUUGCUUAUGGCUUCUCCAUCCUGAACCUUUGUCUCGUCCAACAACUAGAGAGAUCCUGCAGUCUGAACUGAUGGGUGGAAAACAAGAAUCGGCUUCUUGUGACGAUUUCUCAAAAUCUGCUGAUGAUUUUGAUGCAGAAUCAGAGGUAUUACUUGGUUUUCUCAGCUCAUUAAAAGACAAGAAGCAAGGUCAUGCCUCUAAGUUAGUUGAAGAUAUAAGAUGCUUAGAAGAAGAUAUAAACAAGUUUGGAGGGAGGUCCUUAUCAGGAACAUCCUCAGAUGUUUCCUUAGCACACAAGGAAUUUCAUAGCGACAGAGAACAGGUUUCAGUGUCAAAUAUGAUUGAGACGCAAUUGAUGAAGAAUAUCAACCAGUUAGGGGAUGCUUAUGCUUCCACAAGAUCCCAGAUGAGGCUAAAGAAAACUGCUCCUGUAGCACGCUCUGAUAAGGAGGUGUUAAACAAUCGAUACAGUUGGCUUCAUGUGCGAAAUGGUAGUCAGGAUUCAAGCACCAACCAGAAAUCAGGUGAUCGGCUUGGAGCCUUUUUUGAUGGUUUAGCCAAGUUUUCUCGCUUUAGCAAGUUUGAAGUAUGUGGGACAUCAAGAAACAGAGAUCUUCUAAACUCUAGCAAUGUGAUUUGCUGUUUGAGUUUCGACCGUGAUGAGGAGUACAUUGCUACUGCUGGAGUAUCAAAGAAAAUCAAGAUCUUUGAUUUUGAUUCGCUUGUAGACAAUUCUUUGGAUAUCCAUUAUCCUGUAGUUGAAAUGCCACACAAAUCUAAGCUGAGCUGCGUUUGCUGGAACAACUAUUUUAAGAACUAUCUGGCUUCAUCGGAUUAUGAUGGAGUCGUACAGAUGUGGGAUGCAACUACUGGGCAAGGAUUUUCUCAGUAUGUAGAGCACCAAAGGAGGGCUUGGUGUGUCGAAUUCUCUCAAGCUGACCCAAAGAAGUUUGCUAGUGGAAGUGAUGACUGUACAGUGAAACUAUGGAGCACUAAUGAUAAAAAAUCAACAGACACAAUCCAGAAUGCUGCCAAUGUAUGUUGUGUUCAGUUCUCUGCUUGCUCUUCUAAUCUCGUGGUUUUUGGAUCCGCUGAUUACAAAAUUUAUGGCUAUGAUCUUCGGAACACUAGAAUCCCUUGGUGCACUUUACCUGGUCAUGGAAAAGCUGUUAGCUAUGUAAAGUUUGUAGAUGCGGAAACCCUUGUUUCUGCAUCUACAGACAACACUCUGAAGCUUUGGGAUCUUAACCAAUCUACCUCAACCGGAUUGUCUCCCAAUGCCUGCAGCUUAACAUUUAGUGGUCACACUAAUGAGAAGAAUUUCGUGGGUUUAUCUGUUUCGGAUGGAUACAUAGCAUGUGGAUCAGAAACUAAUGAGGUUUAUAGUUACUACAGAAGUCUACCGAUGCCCAUCACUUCGCACAAAUUUGGAUCAAUUGAUCCUGUUUCUGGAAGGGAGGUUGGUGAUUACAGCGGGCAGUUUGUCUCCAGUGUCUGUUGGAGAAGAAAGUCUAACAUACUUGUUGCUGCCAACUCAAGUGGAACUUUGAAAUUAUUGCAGAUGGUGUGAUUGAAAGUAAUCGCCCUCGAUCAUCUAAAGAAUCUUUUCUGUCUCCAUAAUUCUUUUAUUUGUACGUCCUGCUAGGAUGGCACUGGAAGCAGAACCUGGUCAGGUUGAAGAUUACACUGAACAGAAAUUCAACAGAGCCAACCCUUCGCUCCCUGGAUGCGUAUAGGACUGUAAAAGAUAUCAAUUAACGGGCUGCUGGUGACAAGGGAACUUCAUGAAGAAAACAAUCUACCUGUUAAUAACUUGAUACUGACAUUUUUGUACUAUUCGUUAAUGUCAGAGUGGAAUGGAAUGCAGACAUUCAUGUAAUCACGGGUACAGCAGCGAUGUUUGAGCUGGUCUGCCUCCAAAACUGGGGGUUACUGAAGAUCAUUGUAUAUUAACUAAAGGGUUCCUCUGAUUUCCCAGAGCGUUACCUGGAGUAGUUAAUUAUGAAAGUGGACAGAAGUUAGCAAGGGUAGAUGAGCGGCGUUAUCAAAGAAUUUCUCAAGUUAUAUAGAACCUAAUCAACCUGUAAAAGAAAUUAUUAAAUGUACAGAUAUCAGUCUAAAUGCUUGGAACUCUAAAUUUUAAUAGAAACUGUGCCUCUUCUAAAUGCUUUGCAAAUAUAUAUACAAUCUCUUUUUUCGCCCCCA